AUGCCCCUCCAGGUGAGCUCGGAGCUACCCCGCCAUGCCGGUACUUCGCUCAGCUCCUUCGACACGACCGAACACCCCCAUCAUGACACCAUGACGGAUACGAGCGCACAACAGGCUGAAAGCCACUAUUUUGCCAAUGAGCCCCCGCCAAAAGAUCUCAAAACGAACACGACACUUGCGCGCGAGUUCAUUACGCGUCAUGCCGACGAGGGCCGUCGUGUCGUGCUUGUCACUUCAGGUGGCACUACAGUGCCUCUAGAGCAGCAGACAGUCCGCUAUAUCGACAACUUCUCGGCCGGUACUCGGGGAGCCACCAGUGCUGAGUACUUCCUCCAAAAUGGCUAUGCCGUCAUCUUCCUGCACCGACAGUUUUCGCUGUUGCCUUUCUCACGACACUACUCGCACAACACGCGCUCAUUCCUGGACUACAUGAAGGAGGAAAAUGGACAGGUAGUGGUGGAUGAACAGCACCAGGACCAGAUGUUGCGCGUGUUGCGCCAGUACACGGAGGUCAAGCGAGAGAACAAGCUAUUGAUCCUGUCAUACGUGACCAUCACCGAGUACCUGUGGAAUCUGCGCGAGGUUGCGCAACUCAUGCGUCCACUUGGGCCGAAAGCCAUGUUCUACUUGGCCGCCGCCGUGUCUGACUUCUUCGUACCCCAAGACCGCAUGGUCGAACACAAGAUACAGUCCAACGAAGAGUUCCACCAGGGCCCAGAUGGCGCCCGUGGGGGCGACGUAAAGCCACCGGCUGCGCGUACUGAAGGAAAGAGUCUGAUCAUCGAUCUCGAGCCGGUACCUAAGUUCCUCAAGCAGCUGGUGGAUGGCUGGGCGCCCGAUGCGAUGAUUGUGAGCUUCAAGCUGGAGACUGACCCUGCCUUGCUGGUUACCAAAGCCAAAUACGCCCUGAACAAAUACUCGCACCAUCUUGUAAUCGGAAAUCUACUAGCCACUCGGAAAUGGGAAGUCGUGUUCGUGUCCGUCUUCGAUGACGAAAAAUGGAUACGCGUACCCACCAGCCGUAGAACGAAGAGCUUGUCAGGAAUGCCAUCACUUGUCGGGUUGGCCGAUCCCUUGACCAAGAAGGACGUUCAAGCAAGCGAAUCACUUGCAACAGAGAAAGGGGUACCGCAGGGCGAGCCUUCUCUGGAAAUCGAAUCUCUUAUCAUCCCCGAGAUUGAGAAGAUGCACACCAAGCUCAUAGACAAGACCCCUGCAUAG